AUGACGUCCAUCAACUCCCACGCUCCGAAGGCGAUAGAGAGUAUUGAUCUGCCUCUCGCCAACUCUACAAAUUCUCAAAUUGAAGUCGAACUCGAGUCAGCUGCUAUCGCCUCCGUAGAAGAAUUCACUCUCAUACAAAAGACCUCCGUGGCAGCCACAUCAUCGGGAACUGAGGUCAUCGCUCCAUCCUCAACGAAGGAGGUCAUCAGAAUGGACUCGGAUACUCAAAUCACGUUCAACAAAUUCACGCUCUUCCCAAAAUUGCCGGCUGAAAUGCGAUGCAAGAUCUGGUUCCACUCUCUACCUGGCCCAAAAGUUGUUGAGAUUGACUAUCAGUAUCCCGGAGGCUGGGUCUGCCGUCGGGAGAGUCAAGGCAUACCGUCUGGCAUGCUUGGAACCAACAAGGAGUCUCGUGCGGAGUUCUUGAAAUACUACUCUCCUUUCCUAGAGCUUACGAUACCAGUCAAGGUCAACUAUUUCGAUUACGAUGACCACGAAGAUGACAACGAAGUUGCUGUCGCACAGAAACAUCGAUUGCCAUUUCUUACUAUACCUGGCUCCGUCACAUACAUCGAUCCAAUCAUUGACAUUCUUUACAUCUCUGCCAAUCAUGAUGAGACGGAGACGAGUGUCACCCAAGAGUCAAUGAAGGAGCUGAUGUCGAUGACGUGCUUGCACAAGCUCGAAACUAUCGCCUGUGAGUACGCUGAAGUCAGGGAUAGUAUUGGCGAUUUCCAAAAUUUGGAAGCGCCCACUCCCAUAUACUUCCCGAAUCUCAAUGAUAUCCUGGUUUCGGUGGGUGAUUUCAAUUUUUGGCAUCUCACAAACGAUUUAGAGAGAUCGGCUGGUGAAGUCCAAUUCAAGAACAGAGAGGGCGGGUAUGCAUACAACACCGAGGAAACUGCUUCUCUCUCGCUGAGAACUGAAGAGGCCAAAAAGAUCUUUUUGGGCUCAGCUAGGCAAGGUUUGGCGGUCUGUUCCACAAGCAGAAUUUUCCGUGGUGCUGGUGAGAUGCGGUUCAAAAUUAAAACAACCUGA